UAUAAUAUAUCUUUAGAACAACUCACAAAAAAUAUUAUUAAAGAAAGAUUCGGAGCUGCCAUCUGUUAAUAGCCAUUUUUAUAUAAAAAUCAUUUCGCUGGAUUAUUAUACUACACACGUCUGAGAUUAUAAAUAACAUGUACACUCUUGGCCUUAAUAGUGUGAAACAAUUGAUUAAUAGUUACUUUAGAAGCAAAGAACCAUGGCAAAUAGUAGCUAUAACAAGUACAACUAUCCUUACUUCAAUUUGGCUAUGGAAUUUUAUUUUUCAAGAUGAAAGUCUUAGAGAAAGAGCAAAGAAAAAAUUAUUUAAUUUAAUGCAUUUUAUACCUGCUAUUAGAAAUAAAAUUGAUCAAGAAUUAGAUAAUAUUAAUCAGAUAUUUGAAAAAGAAACUUUACAAAGAUUAAAAAAAGUUCCUUUUGUUGUAAAACUUCCUGAGAAAGGCUUGAAACCAGAAGAAGUUUUAGAAAGAGUAAAACAAUGUGUUCAAUUAGGUGAUUACAAUUGGAAAGAUGGUAAAGUAUCUGGAGCUAUAUACAGAGUUGAUACUAAUCUCUUACAAUUAAUGGGAGAUAUUUAUAGCAUUGCGUCAUACACAAAUCCAUUACAUCCCGAUGUUUUUCCUGGUAUAUGCAAGAUGGAAGCAGAAGUAGUUAAAAUAGCUUGCAAUUUGUUCCAUGGGGAUAAUGCUUCUUGUGGUACUAUGACUAGUGGUGGUACAGAAUCAAUUUUAUUGGCAUGUAAAACAUACAGAGAUUAUGCAAGACAUGUAAAAGGUAUAAAAAAUCCUGAAAUAAUAAUGCCAGUAACAGCACAUUCUGCUUUUGAUAAAGCUGCUCAGUACUUAAAACUUAAAGUACGUUCCGUACCUGUUAAUCCACAUAGUUAUACCGUUUGUAUUAAAUCUAUGGAAAAAGCUAUUACAAGAAAUACAAUAAUGUUAAUAGGUUCAGCACCAAAUUUUCCAUAUGGAACAAUGGAUAAUAUUCAAGCAAUCUCUGACUUAGGAGUAAAGUACAACAUCCCUGUUCAUGUCGAUGCUUGUCUUGGUGGAUUUUUAAUAUGUUUUAUGAAAGAUGCAGGCUUUGAUAUAUCACCUUUUGAUUUCAAACUUCCUGGAGUCACAAGUAUAUCAGCUGAUACACAUAAAUAUGCUUAUGCUCCAAAAGGUUCUUCACUUAUUCUUUAUAAAAAUAAGAAGAUAAGACAUUAUCAAUAUACCAUAACUACUGAUUGGCCUGGUGGUAUUUAUGGCUCUCCAACUGUAAGUGGUUCAAGAGCUGGUGGAGUCAUAGCAUCAUGUUGGGCUACAUUAAUGUAUUUUGGUUAUAAUGAAUAUUUAGAAUCAACAAAAAAAAUUAUAAAAACUACCAGAUAUAUUGAACAGAGAUUGAGAAAAUUAAAAGGAAUUUUUAUUUUUGGUACACCUGCUACAUCAGUUAUUGCAUUAGGAUCAAAUGAUUUUCAUAUUUAUAAACUUUCUGAAGCUUUAAAUGCAAAAGGAUGGAAUUUAAAUACACUUCAAUUUCCUUGCGGUGUACAUCUUUGUGUUACAUAUGUCCAUACACAGUCAGGUGUAGCAGAUCAAUUUUUAAAUGACGUUGAAACUGAAUUAGUAGAAAUUUUAAAAAAUCCAGAAACUCCUAUUGAAGGAAAGUUUGCAAUUUAUGGUAUGAGCCAGAGUAUACCAGAUAGAAGUAUCGUUGGUGAUUUUGCAAAAUGUUUCUUAGAUUCCAUGUAUUUUACACCUGAAAAUCAAUCAAUUAGCAAUGGUCCAAGUAUUUAAAGUGAUUGGAUUAUUAUAAU